CCCGCCGCUGGGAGGGUGCAGCGGCUGGGGAGGCUCCAAGUUGGCGGAGCGGCGGGGACCCCUCCUGCGGGCCGUCCCCCGAAAGGCGGAAAGGGCCGAGGAGGGCGCGCCGCCGUCCCCGAGACCCCAGCCCCCCGACCCCUGCCCGCGGCCGCAGCAUGCGCGCCCAGCCGGCGUGACCGGCUCCGCCCGCAGCCGCCCCGCACAGCCCAGCCCGGCGCUCUCGCGGGUCACUCGGACCGGCGCCCGGGAGCGAUGAGCCAUGAAGCCGCCCGGCAGCAGCUCCCGGCGGCCGCCCCUGACGGGCUGCAGCCUGGCCGGCGCCUCCCGCGGCCCCUGCCGCUGCCCCGCCGGCCCAGUGCCGGCCCGCGCGCCGCCCUGCCGCCUGCUCCUCGUCCUUCUCCUGCUGCCUGCGCUCGCCGCCUCGUCCCGGCCCCGCGCCCGGGGGGCCGCUGCGCCCAGCGCUCCGCACUGGAAUGAAACUGCAGAAAAAAACCUGGGAGUCCUGACAGAGGAAGACAACACAUUGCAACAGAAUAGCAGCAGAAAUACCAACUACAGCAGUGCGGUGCAGAAAGAAAUCACACUGCCUUCAAGACUGGUCUACUACAUCAACCAGGACUCAGAAAGCCCUUAUCAUGUUCUUGACACAAAGGCCAGACACCAACAGAAACACAACAAGGCUGUCCAUCUGGCCCAGGCGAGCUUCCAGAUUGAAGCCUUUGGCUCCAAGUUCAUUCUUGACCUCAUACUGAACAAUGGUUUGCUGUCUUCUGACUACGUGGAGAUUCACUAUGAAAACGGGAAGCCGAUGUACUCUAAGGGCGGAGAACACUGUUACUACCAUGGAAGCAUCAGAGGUGUCAAAGACUCCAGGGUGGCUUUGUCGACAUGCAAUGGACUCCACGGCAUGUUUGAGGACGACACCUUCGUGUAUAUGAUUGAGCCGCUGGAGCUGACUCAUGACGAGAAAAGCACAGGCCGACCACACGUAAUCCAGAAAACCUUGGCAGGACAGUAUUCUAAGCAGAUGAAGAACCUCAGCACAGAUGGCAGUAACCAGUGGCCUUUGCUACCUGAAUUACAGUGGCUGCGGAGAAGGAAAAGAGCAGCGAAUCCAUCACGCGGUGUGUUUGAAGAAAUGAAGUAUCUGGAGCUUAUGAUUGUUAAUGAUCACAAGACGUACAAGAAGCACCGCUCCUCUCACGCGCACACCAACAACUUCGCAAAGUCUGUGGUCAACCUCGUGGAUUCUAUUUACAAGGAACAGCUCAACACCAGGGUCGUCCUGGUGGCUGUAGAGACCUGGACUGAGAAGGAUCAGAUCGACAUCACCAUCAACCCUGUGCAGAUGCUGCACGAGUUCUCCAAGUACCGGCAGCGCAUCAAGCAGCACGCCGACGCCGUCCACCUCAUCUCGCGUGUGACAUUCCAUUACAAGAGAAGCAGUCUGAGCUACUUCGGAGGUGUGUGUUCUCGCAUAAGAGGGGUUGGUGUGAAUGAGUAUGGUCUUCCAAUGGCAGUGGCACAAGUGUUAUCACAGAGCCUGGCUCAAAACCUCGGAAUCCAGUGGGAGCCUUCUAGUAGGAAGCCAAAAUGUGAAUGCAUCGAGUCCUGGGGUGGCUGCAUUAUGGAGGAAACAGGGGUGUCCCACUCUCGAAAGUUCUCAAAGUGCAGCAUUUUGGAGUAUAGAGACUUUUUACAGAGAGGAGGCGGAGCCUGCCUUUUCAACAGGCCCACAAAGCUGUUUGAGCCCACAGAAUGUGGCAACGGAUAUGUAGAGGCCGGGGAGGAAUGUGAUUGCGGUUUCCAUGUGGAAUGCUAUGGAGUUUGCUGUAAGAAGUGCUCCCUGUCCAACGGGGCUCACUGCAGCGACGGCCCCUGCUGUAACAACACCUCGUGUCUUUUUCAGUCACGAGGGUAUGAAUGUCGGGACGCCGUAAACAGCUGUGACAUCACUGAGUACUGCACUGGAGACUCUGGCCAGUGCCCACCAAAUCUGCAUAAACAAGAUGGCUAUGCCUGCAAUCAAAAUCAGGGUCGCUGCUACAAUGGGGAGUGCAAGACAAGGGACAACCAAUGCCAAUACAUCUGGGGAACAAAGGCUUCCGGGUCAGACAAGUUCUGUUAUGAAAAGCUGAACACCGAAGGUACGGAAAAGGGCAACUGUGGCAAGGUGGGAGACCGCUGGAUCCAGUGCAGCAAACAUGACGUGUUCUGUGGAUUUUUACUUUGCACCAAUCUUACCCGAGCUCCACGUAUUGGUCAACUUCAGGGAGAGAUCAUCCCAACGUCCUUUUACCAUCAAGGCCGAGUCAUUGACUGCAGUGGUGCUCACGUAGUCUUAGACGAUGAUACGGACGUGGGCUACGUAGAAGAUGGGACACCAUGUGGCCCAUCCAUGAUGUGCUUAGAUCGGAAAUGCCUACAGAUUCAAGCCCUGAAUAUGAGCAGCUGCCCUCUUGACUCCAGGGGUAAAGUCUGCUCAGGCCACGGGGUGUGCAGCAACGAAGCCACCUGCAUCUGUGAUUUCACAUGGGCAGGCACGGACUGCAGCAUCCGGGAUCCAGUUCGGAACCCCAGCCCCCCGAAGGAUGAAGGCCCUAAGGAAACGUCAAGAAGAGGAGAUUCGAUCCCACUCAGCAAGGCCCCAUCUGAAUUGGCUGCACUGGAGGAAUGCCACCUUGCACUGUGGGGUUCUGGGUAUGACAUGUUUUCAGCCAUGCUGCCGGAACUCUUAAGUCUGUAAACAAGACCAUUGGGUGGUAAUGACUACGGAGUUCAAAUUUGGGAAUUGGGGUGGGGUAAAAGACAAUGGUCCCUUUUGGAAAUAACUUCAAGUAAACCCCCCUAUCACCUGUCAAUAGAGGGGAAAGGGUUAAAGACCACGUCAUUAAAAACAACAAUUGUUCAAAAUCCUAUUUUUUUUCUUUUUAACUGAAGAAGAAAGGAACAACAACAAAGUGCAAUAAAAGUACAAAUAGCAAAUGAUUCCCCACCCCUUAGCCUGCUGGCACUUAAUAUCUUCUAAAUGAUUUGGCAUGACUUUUUUUUUUUCUUGUACUAUCAAAGACAAACCCCGGUGGCAUGAAGAUCCAAUUUUGGAAAGGGUAAAAACUGCAUGGCAUAUAUAACAACAAGCUAGCAAGCCAAUCUUCAGCAAAAACCUACAGUGGAAGUCCUGAAGGAAAUGACAGAUGAACACACAGACCUGCCUGGGCCCAAAUAAUGCCUUCCCACCCUCUGCCACCCCACUCCCAACUCUUUCCCAUCUCCUACAUGACCCCCUGCCCACUCUAGACCAGCCCAGGGUACCACUCAGCUGGACUGUGCUCCUGUUGACUCACUUUUCCCAUCAUUUCUUUCCUGGACCAAGCAUCCUUUGGAAAUGGGAGCUGGAAUUUGAAUGAUGCUGUUGUAUAGUUCUUUUCUAAAUGUAAAUAUGGAAAUAAGAGAUUUUGACAUGCCAUUUUCACUUGUCUGUAUUGAAAUGUUUUCCUUGCAAGGAUUCUCUCUAUACUUGAGUUUGUUGCUUGCUCCACAUCCUCUUUUUCUUUCUUUUCUCCCAUUUUCCUUCCUUCAUUGUCUCUGUCCUCUCUUAUAAUAUGGUCAAUGAUUGUUGGGAUUGCUUAACAAGACAGAUGUAGCCAAAGGUGCAGGGAGUUUGGGCACAAAAUGAAAGCAGUAUGCUUGAAACAAAAUAUUAAAAAAAAAGGGAGGACACAAAACAACCCAUAACAGGAACACAAAAAAAUUAUGUAAAUGUGAGUAUAUAUGUACUGAUGAGUCUAAAAUUUCUUUGAUGUCAUCAUAAGCACAUGUAUAUAAUGUAAGAAAACAGAGACCCUUCUCAAAUUAAUCACAAAAGUGCCAAGGUCAUGAUUUUAGUUUUUGGUUUAGACAGUUCUCUUUCCCUGUUGUAAAUGUGAAAGGAGGAGAAACUUAAAGCCUUAAAUAAAAAAUUAAUAAUUUUUUCAAUGUUGAAAGCUUGGAGAAAAGUUUAAGCUUUCCAUCUGUUCAUAUGUUUUGUUUUGUUUUGUUUCAAAAUCCAUUUACGCUUCUUUCUGCCUUAGCAUCUGUGUGACAGAAUGGCAAUGUGGAUGGGCAGAGCAGAGACACCCUACUGGGCCAUUGCAGCCUGUCACUCUGUGUAGUGAUUUUGGGACCUCACUCGGCCCUCCAUGUUUUGUUGGCUCAUGGACCCUGCUGGGUUGUGAUUGGACUCUACUGAGUAUGAAUCCACAGUCUUCUUUUCCCUCCAGGCACCUGGGGAGAUUGAAUUUUGGCAUUCUCAAGACUGUCUGAGUUUCCCUCAUCUUCACCCAUUCCUUCUUUAAUGUAUUGCCAGGAUAGCCUCCAUUGCAAUGCUAAGGGAACAUGUUACUGAAGAAAUUCCCUCCCAGGUUUGUUCUGGACGUGCAGAUGUUCAGUGAACAUCCAUCUAGAACUCAGACCCCCUGGAAAGCUCCUACUGUCCCACUUUUAGCAAGAAGACACACAGAUGAGCUAUGCAUUUCUUACGAGCAUUGAGUUACUUCCUACAUUUUGCUCUAAGUCCCUUUCCAGCAAGACUCAUGAUUUGAGUUUUAAAACAUUUUUCUUGACUAGAAAGGCAGAUUUACUAAAAAUGGACUGCUUAAAACUGGACCUUCCCUUUUUCCACCCAAAGAUAUCUUUAAUUAUUGAAGUUUCACACUCACAGAGAAGAAAUCUUGAUUGCUACAUACUACCCCAGACCAUAACCUAACAUCCUAAUCCUUGGAUGGCUUUCUGAGAAACAGGUGCUAAGCAGGUAUGCUGUCUUUUGCUUGAACUUGCAGUUUGUUUAUAUCAUAAUAACAGGGCUACCUAGAAGGUUAUUGGCCUUAUUCCUGUUUUCAUGAGACACAGGUUGUGCCCCUUUACUUAAUGGUAGUGACUCAGCUUGGAGGAAGGUCAGAGGGAACUCACAUGACUUGGUAUUGCCCCCUGUUUUUGCGUUGCUUAGGGGUCUGCUUCAC